UCAUGACGAGAUUCCUCUUUCGAGCCUUACAGAAGAAAGCUCCGGUAGAUCGACUUUCCGCAUAGCUGUUCCCGCCAUGACUCACAGCAGCAGCAGCUCUUAUGUCCUUUACGAAACCAAGCAUGCAUCUCUCCUCGCCCCUUAAUCUGAUCUCCCGCCAGCACGUGGAGCCCACACUGGUCGAUCCAGAUGCGCUGAGAUGGAUGUUGGGCAUGAACAAAUUGGAAAAGUCUACAUCAGGUACUAGGUACAGGACACAACACAACCAAAUCGGAUCUCAUGUACCAGGCCCGCUGCUGCAGCUGCCAGGAGACAUUACAGAAGCCGCACGCACGCUCGCACGCACGCUCGCACGCACCCCCCAGUCGAAGAGAAUUCUCCUCGAAAGGACUGUAUGGACGGAAAACCCUGAGCUAUAUGUCCUGCAUGAUGCUCUUGGGAUCUUCUUUUUGCUCUGGCCCGCGAGAUCCGUACCGUCGAUCAGCGGAAAUGGCGUUGCGGGAAUUUCUUUCUUCAUACUAUGUGCAGUACUCCGGUGGGUUGGGGCUGCUGGCUUGGCGGCUGGAGCUUUGAGGGGUUGUUGACGCAGGCUGCAUUCUGAGGGUUUGUCUACAUGGUCUUCAAGGGUCUCCGAUGGAUCUUUCAGGGUGUACUGCUGCGCGUUUCGAGAGUAAUUCUCGAAGUGCAAGAGCUAUGGGAGUGUUAUCAGGAGUUCGCUCGUUGGACCUAUGCACGAGAACGCAUGGAUCUGCAGUAUAGCCGACAAGUAAAUCAUGAUCUUGACCCAAGAGCUGCAAUCCAAUCCAGUGGAAAUCCUUCAAGCCCUCUACGCGCGGGGAAAGCUCUGAAAGCUUCUGGUUCCAAGGUAACAAGC